CUGACGUCAGCCUGAGAGAACUGGAUGGGCAGGAAGAUAGUAGAUACAGGUAAAGGUGAUCUGUUCCGUCACAUCUGCAGCACAGGGCUGCGCCCACUAAACUCCGAUGGUCGCUUGAUUCUUUUGUUUCUCCAUUUUGCAGCCUACUGUCUGACCAAGGGAAUGAAGGAACAGCAGGAGACGGCCAACCGGCCUGACAACACUGCCUUCACCCAGCAACGGCUUCCAGCCUGGCAGCCUAUGCUAUCUGCUGGUAUUGUAAUCCCGGGGUUUGUCAUCAUCGGUCUGGCCUUCAUUGGCAUUGGCAUCGCUCUCUUUGUCACCUCUCAGAACAUCCAAGUAUUGGAGAGGGACUAUACUGGUGUAGAGAACAACUCACCCUGCUUCAAGUGCUCUGACCCAAGUACCAAGAACUGUGUGUGCAAGCUGGACUUCUCCCUGGACAAACUAUUUGAGGGGCCAGUGUUCUUUUAUUAUGGUUUGUCCAACUAUUUCCAAAACUACAGAAAGUAUGGUGUUUCCAGAGACGAUCGCCAGCUCUCUGGACGUCUGGACAACUUUCAGAGUCCCGAUGAAGGUUGCGUGCCAUACCAGUACGACGCCAACAAUAAACCAAUUGUGCCUUGUGGAUCAGUGGCAAACAGCCUGUUCAAUGACACCUUCAAGCUCUAUCAGAUCGUCAAUGGAGCGAGGAAGCUGGUGCCCUUUGAUGGGAAAGGCAUCGCAUGGUGGACAGACCACAACGUCAAAUACAGAAACCCCUCUAUCACACCUCUGAAGAAUGCAUUCAAUGGUACUGUGAAGCCCACAUUUUGGUCUAAGCCAGCUUAUGAGCUGGACCCAUCAGACCCAGCCAAUAAUGGCUUCGUCAAUCAGGAUUUCCUCGUCUGGAUGAGAAGAGCAGCGCUGCCAGACUUCAGAAAGCUGUAUCGACGAAUUACAGAAGGCGAUUAUAAAAACGGCCUGCCAGCAGGAAACUACUCCCUGGAAAUUGCCUACAAUUAUCCUGUGUUGGACUUUGAUGGGAGGAAGAAGGUGGUGUUCAGCAAUGUGUCCUGGAUGGGCGGGAAGAAUCAGUUCCUGGGCAUCGCCUACCUGGUGAUUGGCUCAUUGUGUGUCGUCAUGUCCAUCGUCAUGCUCAUUGUCUACGCCAAGUUCAAGUUCCCUGAUGAGGAGUGAUUGUCCAGACGUGGACUGACUGUGGGUUGAUGAUCCCAAUGCAGAGUUGUUGUUUGUUUGUUUUUUUUUAACCUGAAGAUCUUCUGAGUACAAAAGUCAGCGCUCAAACUAAGAAAAUGUACAGCUAAAACGCUCAGGUGAGCAAAAUUUGCCUGUGUUUUCUACUAAUCAUUGACUUUUUCCCAAGGUUUAGAGAAACUCAAGCAAGCUGUUUGGCAUGAAGUUUCUCCACUGAUGGUGAAAUGGAUCAACUUUGUGAAGAUUCAGGGAUAACUGUCUGCAGUUUUGAGCAUGUGUUCUUGUCUGGAACUGGAAACAUGUCUAUGAAAUUGCUCGUUUUAAUGCAAGACCUUGCUGGUAUCUCAGAUUUAAAUCAACAUUAGAGAGCUGAUAUUGCUCACAAAUCAAUUCCAGAGUCCUUAAUAAUGUAUGGUAAUUCUGUUUUAUUGGGAUUUAGAGGGAUUUGUCUUACAGGCAUUUUAAAAUAAUGUAAUAAUGCCACCUCUAUGAAACUUGAGGGGAAGACAGAGAUAGGAUAAAGGCAGGGUAUGUUCUGUAUAUGUGAAGCCAAGAGAAGAAGCAGGUCAAAACAAAGAAAUUAAACAUUCACUCAUAUGGUCCUUUGCAUAAUAUGAAGUGAGCAUACUCCAGUUUAAAAAGAAUAGUACCUCUUGUUUAUUUAAUUUCUGCUACUUGACAUAUUUUUAGAACUGUUACCAUUUUCAUUUUCCUCAGGCUCCAGGCAGUCUCUGACAUUUCUGGAAGUUUUAGUGUUUCCAUGACCUCAAAAAUGAGAUGCCUCCUCAUUUUCAGCCAGUGAUAAUAUUAAAGCCAUAUUUUGUUGUUUGGUAUAGAACAAGCAGCUGUGUUCAUUGUGUUUCUUAAUCUGGAAAUUAUGUCUGAUACUAUUGAGAAUAUACUGUAUUAGCUCAGGGAUAUGGUGAAACGCCUGUGCAACUCAAGCUGUCUUCUUUUAUAGACAUAAUAUUUAUUGUGUGUUUCCUCUACUGCUUUGAACUGUGGCCAUCCUUUGAUAUUUAGAUGAUACUGUGCUUUAAAUACUUUACUUAAAUAAAACAGGACCAAAACUACA